UGAACACGCUGGGUGCAGUAGGCUAGAUGUGUAGGCUAAGUGUUAUCAUGAACCUGCGCGCUGCUCCAGUCUUCUUCUUAUAGGUCUUUGUUGAGCUAGUGUCUACACUCUGCAGCAUCACAACAGGCGCGCUGCGCGCAUAGCCUAUUUCCCCCCAAGAAACUGUAUCACUGCCGCCUCAACAUGGGAAACAUAUCCAGUGAAUAGGGGAUUAACAUAAACAAUAUUGCAAAAGGACUCCUUACCGUUUUUUGGUAUGAAAACCAUUUUUUAUUCUUCAAACAUGACAAACGACUCGGCUCAACUGACAGACUGCGAUGUGGGACACAAUGCCAAAAUCAGCCUUGCGGCACUCUAUUCUCUCAUUUGCCUGUUUGGGACUAUUUUAAACCUUUUAGUUGUCUACCUUGUCGUGACAUUUAAAAAACUUCGGACGGCUAGCAAUGCGUUCAUUGUGAAUGGCUGUAUAGCCGACCUGUUGGUGUGCGCGUUUUGGAUGCCGCACGAGGCAGUGGAGAUUUCUUCUGGUAGUCCUUUCCCGGCUGAGUACCAAGCCUUCAAAGAUGCGCUCCUAUUCCUCGGUAUUACUGUCUCUCUUCUCUCCCAUUCCCUAAUAGCCGUCAACCGAUACGUGUUGAUUACCAAAUCACCAGCGACCUAUCUGUUAAUCUACCAAAAAAUACACACAGAAUGGAUGAUAAUUGCGUCGUGGCUUUCGGCGCUGGGAUUUCUUCUACCCUGGAUCACGUCUUCGCGGUACCCACAGGAAGGAUGCUCAUAUCUCCCGGCUUCCGCAGCAUCACUGCUCAAAGGAGGGAAACCCAUUCUCUCUGACCCUUUUGAAGCUAGUACCCUCGUGUUGAAUAUUAUUGGUCAGACAAUGGUUGUUUUGUAUUGCUAUUUCAAAAUAUUUCGAAGGGUGCAGAUCAGUGUGAAGAGGGUCAGCAUAUUACAUUUUCCUAUCGUGAAUAAUCUUCCCUAUUCGCUCCCCAGAAAGGACAAACGUUUGGGGUUCUACGUGUUGGCAGUGUGUUUCAUAUUCAUCCUCACUACAGAGCCCCUUUUCUGGGUGUUAUUAACAGCACUUUUUACCACGGUGCCAUUGGAAUUUAGGACUUGUUCAUGGAUGAUUUUCUGCACUAUCUUUGUUACAAACCCAUUUCUCUACACGUGGAAGAACGAGGAGUUUAGAAAAUCUUUCAGAUCCAUGCUCAAGGGAGAACUUUGGAGAGGGUCUGCAGUUGGGGUUGAGCCCAUUACAAUUAAUACAAUAUCUCACCUUCUCCCAAGACAUAAUAGUCGAAGGGCAUUUUUGGCCGAGAUGAAUUGAACAUAAUCUGAACUGCUAUGACAUUGGUUAUUGUAAGGAUACAGCUGUUACAGUGUUUUUUAGAAAGCCUACCUGACAACUCAAUCGAAAAUUACACUAUAAUGUUGCCCUCAAUUGGAAAAUAUUAGUGAUUUUUAGUCAUUUAGCAGACGCUCUUAUCCAGAGCGACUUACAGGAGCAAUUAGG